AUGGAAUUCCGACAUUCUAUGGGAGUCCGCUGGAGUCCGCCGGAACUCAUGGGGGAGGGUAAAGUACUGCAACUAUCCACCGUCCCAGGGGUGUUGAUGCAGCCUCGCCACCGGUUCGACGCCAAGCUUCCCAGCUUGCCCACAGACGACGCCGAUGACGUUGGGAGUAACAGUAAUGUUUGGGCACCAGAAGAUUCAUCGAGUUACGUUCCCCCGAUAGUGACAACAACUGGAACUGGGGGAUCCUUUUUCCCUCCUUACACCUCCCAAUCGCAAUCACAACCCUCUUCCCCCUUCUCUCAUGCCCCACCACACCAAGGGACAGUAGACGAUUUCGGCAUCCUCCCCCCACACUCAUCAAUCGAUACAGGAGGAGGUGGUGGAGGGAGGUUCACUACGUUCCCCAUAAAGACUCGUGAUAGGGAGGGCGGUGGUGGUGGUGUGGGAUAUACCCUUUGCGACGACCCUAUAUCUCCCAGCUCGAGGUCCCUUCACAACACAACUGCGGAGCCGCCCUCGUUAAACACGAACACACGCCAUGAAAUGGGCGUGUCGUUCUCCAUGUCUGUCACUGAGGCGCUUGGUUUGGGGAGCAAAGAUCAGCUGUGGGCAAGAACGACGAUGAGUGAUGCAACGCCUAUGUCGUCGGCAAUUCAGCCUCUUCCGCCUGGUGCGGCGCCCGCCUCUGUUCCGGAGGGUGUUAAUCCAUGGAGUUUGCCGCCUUUGGGAGGGGCUGGUUCAGGAGGGGGAGUGCUGGGAUUGGGAACACCAGGAACUCUAGGAGUACAAGGGGCACAAGCGGGGAAACAAGGAAGACAUGUGUCGAACCAUUCGAUUGUGUCAGACGACGACGAUGCACUGCUGGCUGGUGGAGGUGCGGCUCCUGGUACUGCUGCUCCAAUCACGACACAGGACGAAGGCGGGGAGAUGGAGAGAGGGCAGAGCCGACACGUCAGGUUCGGUGGUGGGACUGGUCACGAACUUGGUGAAGCGGAGGAGUGGAGGCGGUCAUUGGAGGAGAGAAGGUCGGAUCCGCAUACGAAGGCACCACAAAUCAGGCAGGGGGAGGUUGAUCAUGAUCAAGAAAGAGGUCUACCAGCGGAGAUGACGAUGAUGGCUCUCCCAACAUCUCCUCCAACCUCGAGUAUCAACACUGAUGCCUCUUCUUCUCUCAUCCAAGGCAAACACAUCCCUCCAUCCUCUCCCAACCCACAAGAAACACAAGGGGGAGGGGAAGAUGAACGGGCGUUGAACGCAGCUGUUGUGAGAGAGAUAAGCAGGCAGAUGGAUCAAUUGACGUUUAACCCCCCUUCGACGGCGAGCUUGGAUCCUGAGGGUGAACGUGAAUGUGAGCGUGGUCAAUCGCCGUUCCUUGGUGGUGGUGAUGGGAAUCAACAGCAGCCGAGCAGGGAGCCCUCACCUCUCUUACCCCCUUCUGCACCGUUUGCGAAAUGUGCUGUGUCGCCUCAUCCAUUUGCGGAUUUGAACCCAGGGGGAGGAGGAGGAGGAGGGGGACUAUGUAGAUAA